AUUGUCCUUCUGACUCUGAGGGUGGAGUCCAGUCACUUAGACUUCAACAGAGAGAGGAAAGAAAUGACCCACACACUCAUGACAAAGCUCUUUCCUAUACAGACUCAUUCAUUCAUUUCUGGAAUGAGUUUGCUGAUUUUAUAGAGGAUUAGAGAAAAUUUGUUCACAUAUGGAUUUCUGAAACUAUAGAGCAUAUCUUAUGUUUUAUAAGUCACAUGUGUGUUUGUGUAUAUAAAUAGAUCACAUAUAAGGUCCGUUUUAAUUUAUUAGUUAUCUAAUUUUAAUUGUUUACAUUAUUGUCUUUAAUGUCAUAACUGCAGUCAGGUAAACAUAGGCACCCAAUAACAGUGUGUCCUCGAUGGUUAUAUGUCCUCUGAAUCUUUAAAGUCAUUUAAACUGAAGGGAGUUACUAUAUUCAAAACAACAGUGUUUAACUUAGCUAGUCAUAAAACAAUUUUGAGUUUCAAACUACUGAGCAAACACAAUCCAUGUUAGAUGUCACAUACAGCAUAAGCCCACUGUUCUUUUAUUAUUCCCUUUUUUUUUUUUUUUUUUUUGAGAAAUGUCAAUAUCCAUGUUUCAUUGCCUUAUCUGCCCAGUCUUAUUAGGAAUUUGUGUCUAUAAUAAUAAAAUAUAUUUUGUUUUUUGUCAAAUAGUUUGGCAGAAAUGAGAGGUUUGGCAGCAAAUAACAUCAAGGUGUGAAAGCAAAUAACAAACCAGCUGCAAAUCCUUGGAUAAAGUCAUUUGUGGCAAUAAUCAUUAGCUAUAGAUUGUGUAACUGGACUUUGGACCUAUAUGAAGAGCAAUAAAUAUUUUGACAAUAAAACAAGUUAGUAAUUACAUUUUCCUAUUUAUUUCCAAGGAUGUCUAAACAUGUGACGUUUCGAACCCUAUAUAAUCUUGGCACAUUGUGCAUAUGUUUCAGUGCACAGUGGAAUAUCCUGACUCAACUGAGAAAGAUCAGAUCAUGGAGGUCACAUCUCAACCUGCUGCGUUUGAACCCCGAGACUUUCACUCGGGCUUGAUGAGCUGCUGUGACGACAUGGGUGUAUGCUGUUGUGGCUUCUUCUGUCUCGCUUGUUUGGGCUGCUCCAUUGCUAGCGACAUGAAUGAGUGCUGCUGCUGCGGUUUAGGCAUGCCGAUCCGAAGCGUUUACAGAACUAAAUACAACAUACCAGGAUCUAUGUGUAAUGACUGGAUGGUUGCCUACUGCUGCUUGGGUUGUGCAGCCUGCCAGAUGAAGAGAGACAUCAACAUAAGGAAGAGUAAUGGGACACUGAAACCAUGAGAAGUGAUAUAUCUACACUAGAGCAAGUCCUUACGUAUUGCUCUCAGAAAUGAAAUAUUAAAGAAAGUUGCGGUUAAUCAUUUAAUAUUCUUUGCUAUCAGAAGUUUAAUUAGAAAAAAAAAACACUUUCCAUUCAUUAAGUUUGGAGGGUUUAUUUCAUCCAAAAUUGGCAAAAUACUCAUCCUUCCACAUUCAUGUUAUCCAGUAAUGUAGCCUCAGCGGUGUAGUCAACACAUUACUGAUUAUUAGUAGCCUGUUGGUUGUGUUGUGAAACAUAUUUGUGCCUGUGUAUGCAGAUAAAGAAAAACAUAAUUUUGGAUAUAUGUGGAACUUCAAUGUAAUGCUACAGUAGACGAAUUCUACUAUUUGUAACAGUGUUCAUUUAUUACAGUUACAAUUACUGUUAGGUGAAUUCUUGGUAAAGUUGCAGUGAUAUUGAUUUUCUUUAUAUCUAUUUCCGCACCAUCCUGGUCACCUGCCCGUUAACAUCGUCCCUGUUUUGUGUGUGAGGUCGCAUCUUCCUGGAGGAGGGAGUAAUGUCAGGGUUAUGUUCUGUUGCUCUUUGCAUGUUUGACCUGCUUUCCCAAUGAGUUUGAUUGACUGACCCCGUUCACAUGCCGUUAGAUCAUUUUGUUUGCCCUGGUUGUUUAAGCCCUGUGUUUUGUUCUGUUCAGUGUCUUGUCUUAACAUUGCUAUCCUGGCUGUUAUUUUCAUUUGUGUACUAGAGUUUUUUUUUUUUUUUUUUUUUUUUUUUAUAUAUAUUAUUAAAUACUACUUAACUGAUCUUCAAGCCUGAUCAUUCUGUAUCAGUCCGCAAGCAGGUUUGACAAUUUUCUUAAAUAUGCAAUACAAUUAAUUAAUCCUGGAGCUGUGUUGUAAUUGGUCUGUUGUGACUUCAUUUGUCUGUAAUUCAGUAAAGCUAUAAACGUUCGUUGCUCAGUAAAGUCUAAGCCGAGUUGAAUCCAGUAACACCGGCAUCACAGAAGAUGUCUGAUAGUGACGUGUAUACCGGAUAUUUCCAUUAUUGUGUAAUCAAAUGUAUUUUUCCUCAUUGCUGAUAUCAUAUUCACUGAUAAUUAUAAGUUAUGCCAAGAAAUUAUUUGAAUGUAAGCUGAUUUUCCAAAACCCUACUUUAAAAUCUUUGCUAUAAGCUUUUAAUGUAAUUUUUCUGUGCUUACAACCAAAUACUU